UGGAAGUGAUGCUGCUCUGAAAGCCUCUGUAUUGAAAUGUUUCAUGGGGAAAAAAACACUUUCCAUCUCACGUCAGACAUUCAGCUCAGUGUGCGUGAUGGAGGAGGAGAAAAUUCAUGGUCGUCAGAUCAGUGUGGUGCAGCUUCCAGCUCUGACUUGUCUCUCAGAGGAGGAAGUGAUGCGUCAGACUCUCAACUGUGUGUCUCUCUGUGAUCCUGGAGUUCAUGUUUUCCUCCUCAUUGUUCCUGAUGCUCCACUGACUGAUGAAGACAAAGCAGAAAUAGAGAAGAUCCAGAGGAUAUUUGACUCUAGAGAGCAUUUAAUGCUGCUUUUCACCACAGAUCUCACUGUUGGGACACUAGUGACAGAUUUAAUCAAAUCCAGACCAGAAUCUCAGAGGUUAAUCAGUCUCUAUGGAGGUCAGUACAGAGUGAUGGGGUUAAAGGAACCUGAAAACUCCAGACAAAUCCCAGAACUACUGGAAUAUAUAGAGAACAUGAAGACUGAACCGUAUUCACUUCAGAUGUAUGUGAAAGCUCAGGAGAACAGAAUAAGACAUGAACUGGAGGAAAAACAUAAAAAAGAACUGAAGAGAAUGGAGAAUGAAAAUAAAGAGUUAAAGCAGAAAAUUCAACCAGAAGGUGCUGAAGGUGAAACAGAUGAUCUGGAGCAACUGAGGAUUGUGCUGAUUGGGAGAACAGGAAGCGGAAAGAGUGCAACAGGAAACACUAUUUUGGGAAGAAAUGAGUUUCAGAGCCAAUUAAGCCUGGAUUCAGUGACAACUGUUUGUAAAAAGAGAAUUGGAGAAGUUGAUGGUCGAUCAGUAGCUGUUAUUGAUACUCCAGGACUCUUUGACACAUCACUGUCAAAUGAUCAAGUAGCAGAAGAAAUAAUGAAAUGUGUUUCACUCUCAUCUCCUGGACCUCAUGUGUUUGUCAUUGUGUUGAGUGUGGGGAGAUUCACCAAGGAAGAAGCAGACACUGUGGAUCUGAUAAAGAAGAUCUUCGGUCCAAAAGCUGCUCAGUUCAGCAUCGUUCUGUUCACUAGAGGAGACGAACUCGAGGGUGAAUCUGUAGAAGAUUAUGUGGAGAGAAGUAAGUCUGCUGAACUGAAGAAACUGAUCAGAGAUUGUGGAAACAGAUUCUUGGCUUUCAAUAACAGAGAAAAACAAGACAGAACUCAAGUGAGCCGACUGUUAAAGAUGAUAGAAGAGGUGAAGAACAGUAAUCAGGGUCGAUACUUCACUAACAGCAUGUUUGAGGAGGCUGAGAUGUCCAUUAAGAAGAGAAUGGAGGAAAUACUAAAAGAGAGAGAAAGAGAAGUUCAGAUUCAAAGAGAAGAAUUAGAAGCCAAAUAUGAGCUGGGCAUGAGAGACAUGAUGAAGAGACUCGAGGAAGAAAAACAGAGCGCAGAUGAAGAGAGAAUAAAGAUGGAGAAUCACUUCAGAGAAAAAGAGGAACAACUCAGAAAAGAGUUUAAAGAAAAAGAAAAAUCAGAACGGAAGAAACGAGAGAUUGAAAACCAGAAACGAUUAGAAGAGAAAAUUCUAAGAGCUGAAUAUCAUCAAAAAAUAGAAGAAAUGAAGAGAGAGAUUGAAAAUCAGAGAUCAGAGUAUGAAAAACAGAAACAAGAAAGAGAAGAUGAAGACAGAAAGAGAGAAGAGAGAUACAGACGAGAUCAAGAAAAAAUUAAACAUGAACAAGAAUGUAUUUUAGCAGAAUUAAGGAUGAAACAAGAAGAAGAAAUAAAAAAGAGAGAAUCAGAAAAAGAGAUUCAAGAGGAAAUUAAACGACAACAGAGAGAAUGGGAGGAUGAAAAGAAACGACAGAUGAGAGAACGAGAGGAAGAGGAAAAAAGAGAAAAGAGAAACAUGAGGAGCAACUGA